CUCGUGCAGAACCAAAUAGAUUCCAAGCAGCACUCAAGAAAGAGCAUCCAAGCUUAACCCCAACCCAAAACAAAAACCAAAACCACAAGUAUGUCGAAAUUCGCAAUGGUUGCCCUGGCAUUUGCCGCCGUCUGCCUGAUCCUUGCCACUGCUGCCCCAGCACCUGCCACACAGCUGCUGGAUGCGCAGACAGCCAUCCAGAAGAUAAUUGCUGCUUACAAUCGCAUUCCAGGACGGUCUAUCGUCCACCCCUGGGAGGUGGCCACCGUGAUUGAUCCAAACACUUUUGUGGCUAACUAUUGAAAGGACUCUCUGUGCCAUGACAACUUGUACAAAUUAUAUCUCCAUUGCUCCGACUAUUGAAAACUAUUAAAAAAAUUAACUAACUAAA